AUGAGGCUGCCCCAUAGAGCGGCCGCGGGACCCGGAGGGACUACGCUUGCCUCGUGGGGAGAACGCAUGCAGUGUGUUGAAGGAAGCGCGGAUGUGGAAGACAGCGGGAACAGAGCACUUCGCCUCGCUGUCUCUGCGGCUCAGACCGCGGCGCAAGCUGUCGCGUCUCCACCCUGUUCUUUUCGGCUACUGAACAACGUGGACUUCCUCAUCGACGUUGUCUUCCUCGAUUCGAGAGCUGUGGCUGACCGCGUGGAGGAGAAAACGAACACGGAGCGAGUCCCGAGGAGACGCAGAAGAAGCAGAGGCGGCGAGAGAAGCUCUGUGGAGACCGCGGCAAAGGGAGAAAAACCUCGAGAAAGAACCCGGAGGAGGAAAGUGUCUCCUUCGGGACCCAGAGCGUUAAGAGGGAAGGAAGCGGAGUCCGACAGCGAAGGCCCGGAAGCGUCUGUGCUGCCGUCGAGCGACGAGGAGCUGCAAAGAUACGCCGAUAGAACGGCAGGUUCGGCGACUUUUCCGGUUCCGCCUUCGGGGACAGCAGCGGAGAGCACGCGGCCAGACGCGGCGAGGAUGCCAUCGUGCGCCGAGGUCGAACAGUGUAAAGAAAAUGAGAGAAACUACAAGGAGGCGCGAACCUGCCUUUCUCUCUUUGCUCGCCACCCCGCCGCCUGGAGUUUGUGUCUGCGAGCUCUUGAGAGAGCUGCUGCUCUCUUGUCUCCAAACUGUCUGUUGGCAAACAACGAACUGCCCUCCCAGCCGCGCGGUCUCUCUUCUCUCCGAGACUUCUCUCUCUUUUCAGAUUCCGCGCCCGGGAGUCUCUCCGCCUGCUGGAGACCUGACUGCCUCACAGAAUCACCCUCUAUCUUAAAGUCAAAUACUCGCUCAAAUUCCACCUAUUCCUCAAAUUCCUCAGCACCCCUCACCACGGAGACGGAGGCUGCUCCAGUCUCGUCUCCGUCUCUCCAUUCUUCCGGCGCGCGGUGUCGUCGUUCUGUUGAGCACGGUGGUGACGACAAGUCGCAGUUCGGCUCUCUCGAGAUCCGAGACGCAGCGCAUCUGGGGAUGCUUGGAGAGGGCGCGGCGGGUGUCUCUCUCGGCUCUGCACAGUUCGCCCGGGUCUCUGUGCGCGAGGAAGAAGCGAAGCGACGCCUCUUUGCUCGCUCACUCUUCGCGGCCCGUGUUCUGCGCCUCCUGGCAAAUGUAGGCCUGCCCUUUCUGCAGCUGCCGCUACCCCCACCGCGCCUGCGGAGUCAAGAGCUCUGGAGGCGGCGCAUGCAGUUGAGUCUCUUCCCUGAGGCCGAAGGCGCAACGAGCGGCGGCGGCUCCGGCGACCAAGAGGUGGAAGAGGACGGAACGUUUGAGAUUUUGCCCGCGCUCUGCUUCGGCGGGGAGAAGCCCCUGCAUGUGAACCAGGGGGGCAUGCAGACGCCGACCGUCGGCCGGCAGGAGGGUGGCUUUUUCUUCCGAGUUUCUCCCUUCGUUCCUCAUUCUCUCGCUCCCCCCCCUCUCGCCGCGCCCCAGCUCCUGCACCGCGAACUCGCAGCUCUCCUGCAGCUGAGUUGUCUUUACACCUCGCUGUUUCUCGCGGCUUCCCGGGAGUCGUGCGCCUUGCCUGCGUCCGGCUCAGCGUCGACGUCUUCAGAUGCCGGCGAGCGAGUGGAGGCGCCUGGGCUCCCAGAGGCGAACUCUGGAGACGGCGCCUCGGAGACAGAGGGACGCGCCCAGCGGGACCGCUUCAGAGAGGUUGCUGAAACUCUCUACGAGGCGGCGGCAUCCCUUCUCGCCCAUAUUGUGGCUCAGCAGCAGCUGAACAGCGGGACCUCACUCCCGCUGCUCCAACAGAAAACUGGCAUCCAGAGAGCUGUGUCUGUGGCGCGUCUCUUCUGCUUUGCAGGUGCGGACGCGGACCUCCUUUCUUCGUCCUUGUCUGCGCCGAAGCGCGAACCCUCGGAGGCGGGGACAGGCGCGGAGGGCCAGCGGAGCGGGGACGGUCUGCUGGCCCGAGCGGUGUCCGCUCGUGUCUCUGUGGGUCUCGUCCAGGCUCUCGCCCAGCUCGCGGUCUCUCGGGACAGCCACCUGGCGAGCGCGGAGCACCGCGCGCUCUUCAGAGACGCGUUUCUGCAGGAGUCUCCUCUGGUCCUGCUCUUGCUUCAAGAGGCCUUGUCUGUGGCGGUCUCACUCUUGGAGACGACCUUUCCUCAGAGCGAGAGCGAGGCGUGUCUGGACGCGGCCGAAGCGCGUCCAACGCCGCAAAAACGGAGACAGUUGGAGACCUCACACCGGGGGCCUUCGCCCCUGUUUCCGCGGGUCACCGCGUUCUCGCACGACCUCCUGAGUGUCUCUUUGGAGACGACGAGACAGAUUCUUCGGUUCUGGAAAUCCUGUCUGGGGAACGAAACGGAACAAGCGUUUGUUCCCCGUGUCCAGGGGGGCAGCGUGGGCGACAGCUUCACGCAUCCAGACGCCAGCAAGAGGGAGACAGGACCUUCGUGUGCGGGGGCGGGCGCGCAGCGGAACGCCGACCGGUGGUCAGAGACAAGGAGCUGCAGAAGCAGGGGGAAGGCUGCCGGGGCUGAGAUCCAGGGAGAGACGGUGGACCGUUUUUCCUCGGGAGCAACGCAGGAGGGAAAGGAUGAGGCGGAUCUGUCGGCUAACUUGGGGUCGGGAGACGCAGCUUCCGGAUGCCUGGCCAGGAAACAGAAAAGCGAGCGAAGCAACGGCUGUCUUUCUCUGGAGAAAUCGGAAGCCUGCUUAAAGGGCAUUGCCGCCGCUCUUGUCCUCGGAGACGGAGAGAUCGUGCGCCGUCUCGUCAGGUCGCUUCUCGUGCUUCUCCAGGCCAUCCCUGGCGUAGCGACAAGGGAGGUACCGCCGGGCUCCUCUGUGUCCAACGGGAAGAGAUCUUUUGCUGUCUCCGCUUCCUCUAUAGGCUUCUUUGGUGGGUCGGCGAAAGCGGACCUUUGUGUGCAUGCACUCGCCAGUGAUGUCGUCGCCCUUUUCUUCUCUCUUUCGUCUUCCUUCUUUUUCCUCCCACCUCCCCACCUACCCCGGCCUCCGCUCCGAGACGCCGUUGUCUCCACGUAUGGCAGCUCUCAAUCGCCUUCCUUGUCUCCUACCUGCCUCUAUGCGUCGUCUCCUCCUUCUUCUCUUCCCUCUUCUUCGACUCCUUUUCCUCGUUCCUGUCCUCUUCUGUCGAUUGAAGGGGCUUCCGAGGCGACGGCCGGUGAAGUCGCCGCUCAUGUGGAAGCUGCAGCGAAAGACGCGCCUCGCGUUCUGCCUCGACUUCUCCGUUGGAUUCAACUGGCUGCGGGGAGAGACAGUUUGUGUCGGACGGUGGCGUGUCUCCUUCCGCUGCUUCGGGCGUCGUCUCCGCGUCUCUCCGCGUUUCAGCUGCAUGCAGUCCGGCUCCUCCUUGCCUGGAUUCUCCCUCUCUCUCGGCAGCUGUGCCCUUCGCUCCUGGCUGCCCACCUUCUCUACGGGGAGACCUCUCCAGGCGACGGGGAGGCGAAGAGAGAGGAUGGCGGCCGCGCGUCAGAUCUCGGAAGAAGAGGCAAGGAAAAAGCCAAGGCCGAGAAGCGCGCGAGCCGCGACGCCGCACCCUCGGGCUCCGGCCUCGGAGACGCCGAGAUCUUCGCCCUCUCCGCGAGGCUGCACCUGCCUGUCGUGGGAACUCUUCACGCCGGCUCGGAGACAGCGCCGCUGGCGCGGAGACAGUCCGCGGAGGCGAGCGGCCUGCGACAGGCCCAGGAGCCAGCUAGGAAGAGUGGCGGAGGCAGCCGCGAGGGCCGAGCCGGUGGGGCGCCGUCGCGACGAAGGGGUCGAAGCGGCGACGAAAGAGAGAAGGAGAAGACUGAGGCGGGUCUGUGUCAAGCCCAUUGCGCAGAGGAGAACGCAGAACUGGGGAAGUCUCAGUCUUUUCUCGAGAGUCUCUCACCCCCCGUGCUGAUUCUCUUGAGGUUCCUCGCUCUCCUGCAGCACUGGAGAGACCUGGAAGAAAGCGACGCCCUCGCCGCUGUCGAGUGCCUGUCUCGCUUCAUGUCUCCCUUCCUCGGUCUCGUUUUCGGUCCCUCUGUCGGUGCUUGUGAAAAACGAGUGUCGCCUCAAAACUCGGCGCCCGUUUGUCUCCCGCGCGACCAGCGAGUGGCGGCUGUCUCACCCAAGAGCGAAAACGCGACGAGCGAAGGCGGAGAGAACGCAGAGGACGAACCGGAAUGCACAAACGCGAGAAGAGUCUUGGAGGCGCUCCGGAAGGUGCUCCACACCGGCGGGCUCCUCCCAGAGCUCGUGGGCGCCGCCUUGUGCGCCGCGCAGCUGCCAUGUCGCAGAAAAGAGGAAAAUGCAUGCGUGCUUUCCUCUGGAGGAGAGCGACUGGCAGGAGCCAUAGUGGAAGGCGUCAACCCAGAAGAGAGACUCGCAGACGCCCUCAACCGCGCAGAGCCCAGUCGAAGCUCCUGGGCCUCUCGCCUUCAGCAGCGUGCUCUGUGUGGGCGGUUCCUCUGUCACCUCGUUGUCCUUUGUGGGGAGUCUCCUUUCCUGUCCUUGACGAAUGCUCUUCUUCGUGCUUCGCGAGGCUUUUCCGCGGCGUCGUCCGGCGCUCGUCAGGACGCCUCGGGCGCAAACGGAGACACGCUUUCUUUUCUCCCUGCGGUGGAGAGUUCCGGAUGCCCUCGAGAAGGAGACAGCGAAGAGCGCGAAGAGACUGCGGCGUCUCUGGAAGUCGCCCUGUGGGCCUGCCGCCAAGCUCGCGAGGCCGCCAGGCUCUGCGGCCUUCACUGGCAAUCCGAGCCGUUGCAUACAGUUGCUCUCGACCUUCUAGGGCGCUAUCGGCAGAAGAGGUGCAGUGACAAACAAAAGGACAAGGAAGAAAGAGCGGACAGUGAGGAGGAAGAGACGAAGGGAGCAGGCCGCAUGUCUGAAGAGAACGGCAAACGCGUUUCACGAUCUGAGAGCUGCGCCAGACAGCCUGGACCGGGACGAAGAGGCCCCAGUGGCGCCAAAGCGUCGGUGUCCCAGACGCCUGUAGACCAAAGCGCGAAGGCGGGGACAGGCCCAGAAGACUCGAAAGGCGAGGAAGAGACAUCGAGUCGCUUCAGUGAUGAGGACCUUUCUUGGGCUCUUCUGCCUGUCGUAGGAGCGGCGGCGUGUCUCGCGGAAGACGGUGACGCGGCAUCUUGUGAGGAUCCCAGAAGAGCCAAGCGAGAUGACUGUGAAGCGUCGAACGCGGGCGCCUGUCGCUCUGGGGGGGCAAGUCGGGUCGACGUCGUGCAGCUCACCAUUGCAUGCAUUUGCCUGACGGAAGACGUGGCGCGAGCUGCGAAGGAGUGCCGAGCGGCUCUCAAGCGUUGCGGUGGUCUCUCCCUCAACCAGAGACAGAGCCCCACAGAUUCGGGGCCUCUGAAUGGGCGAGGGUCGACUGCGGUCGCUGCAUUGUCUUCUUCGGCCUGUGCUGGAGCAGAAGAAAAGGUGGACGACCGAAGGGGAAAGCGUGGAAGCAGAGAAACAGAAGGCCGAUGGCUGGCUUCUCUGAGUCGGUGCCAGUUUCUCUGGAGAGAGCUGCGACGCGUGCUACUGGACAGUCUCGUCUUGCUGAAUGAGGAUCUCGUGGCCGCGAUCACGAAGCGAGUCUCCUUCCCUCGCGAGACCCGACAGACAGCGUCUUCUCUCCGUCCCUGUCUCGGGGAUCGAGAGAAGAGGGCAGGAGCGGAAGACGGAUGUGGAAGCGGAGAAGAAAGCGCAGAGAGUCGUGGGGACAGGGGAGGUCUUCUCCUUCUCGAGGGUCGUCUGCGUGCGCUUCUUCUCCUUCUCUCAGGGGAUUUGUCGAGCGUUUGCACGAUUGCGGUUGGAGGCGAGACAACUACCGAGGGUGCGUCCUUCCGCACUCGCCGCAGUUCUCUCCGCCCGCACAUGCAGCUCAAGAAAAACCAAGAGUCCAGUCAGGACGAGCAGCUGGCCGCGACGGCUGCAGCGUGCCUGUGUUUCGUGGGUCUACAGCUGACAGACGCGGAAAAAUCUCUGUCGCCAACAGACGCCAAAAGAGACGCCAAGAUGGCGGACCCUUCCCUGGCCCCACACCAGCUCCAGCUGCCCUCUGCUUCAAAUGGCCCAGGUGUCUGUGUCUCUGCAGACGCGGUGUCUCCACGCGCCCAUGGCGGCCCAGACGCUGCGGCGCCCUGGCUCUGGACGGGCAGAGGUGGACACGGCGUUGAAGGGGAAGAGUCUGGGAGUCGAGACGAAGCGCACGACUUUGCUAGCUGGUUGCAAGGAGAGAAAAGCGUUUCGGAGCGAACGGAAGAGCGCGAGGUAGCUACGCAAGUGUCCCUCCAUUUCAUGGCCCUCCGAGGCUGGCUGCUCGCCUCCCAGGUGACGCAGACUAGCCCCGAGAAGAGACGCUCGCUGUCGACAGGGCAAGCUCCAGACCGCCGUGCGUUGAAUGGCGAACAAACGGAUGGCAUCUAUUGGCUGUGGACGUCCCAGAUACGCCUGGUUCGUCGAGUUCUCUUCUACGGAGAGACCUUCCCUGAGGCACUCCUUUCUGUGGAGUCGCCUUCUGGAGCGUAUUCCUCGGCCUCCACGCAUGCAUCCCUUUCGUGCUCUCUCACUGCCCUCCACAGUUCGCUUCCAACAGCUUCGGUGUCGUUGUCCGGUGAUGCCGGAACUUCUCCGACUGUGCGCUCGAAGGAGUCUUUAGAGGGGAGGACGACCUUUUUGGGAAACCCCAAACUCGAGACGAAAGGCCACCGUUGUGGGGGAGACACGUGUGGUUUUCAAAGUCCCCCGCUGACCCUCCUUCCAGGUGUGUGGCGGGCCCUGGCGCUCUUGUUUUCCUCGUUUUCUCGGCAGCUGGUCUGUGGAGCUCCGUCUGGUCGGCGGGCGUCGCCGGCCUCCUCGAGCCUGCGAGUGAGAAAGCGUCUUCCAGAGAGAGCAAGGAAGGUCCAGGUGCGCAUCCUCAGAGACCUCUCCGACUUCAUGCUUCAGUGCGCCUUCGUGUCUGCAUGCGUCGCUCCACAAAGCAGCGACACUGCCCUCGCGGGCUCGGCCGCUUCCGCGGCUUCUUUUCCGUCCGAGACAGGACAGGGGGAGAGGCGGGCAGAGGAGGGAGGGACUGAGUUUUCUAGCUUGGGAGAGAGAGGGAUGCAAGAGCAGCAGUGCAGGAGUGACCAAGCGAGACAACUGGAUCUGCGACGGUCACCGAAAGUCCUGACUGCAGGGUUGGUGCCUCUCCUUCGCAACGUGGGAGGAAGCAGCCCAGCGUGUGCAUGCGGCGCAGAAACAAGGACUGUUCUUCUCGAAACGCUUUUCACGGUUCUUCGCUCACUUGUCGACCUUGUCGCCACAACUCGCCUCCAUCCGCAAGGCUGUUCCUGCUGCUCUUGCCAGGGCCUCGUCCCUCCAAGUCGCAGCCACGACCUCACCCCGACUGGGUCUGAAGACAGCGGCGGGCGAAGAGCCAGCAUGCAGGUCGGCGCUCCGGUGACUGCGCGAGGAGAUGAAGGCGACACGGCAAGACCAAGGAUCGUGGCGACGCAGGGUGACCAGAAAGACUUGUCGGGAGCGAAAGCAUUUGAUGCGGCUGAGAAAAGGAGAGACGCCAGCGCGAAGGAUGUGCUCGGCGCGCAUGCAGAGGGAAACAUGGAGUCGCCACAUAACAAAGAAGAACAGGAAAGAACAGCGGGGAAACCUCGAGAAAGAGAAAAGAAAGAUCUCGAGUGCCGUCUGUGUGGGGGAUGUUGUCACGAGUGUGCAAGGCCGCUCGUGGCAGCUCUAACUAAGGUGAGUGCCUGUUGGGCUUCGAUUCUUCGAGCUCUUCUUGCGUGCUUCGAUUCUCCGCUCCUUCUUCUUCCACUCCUGAAUGAAAAAAAGGGGUUCGCUCUUCUCCAGAGGCUUCUGUACUUCCUCCUGCUUCAGGGCGGCCUCCGGGCCCUCCAGAUGGCCGUCCAUGAAAGUCGCCAGAAAGAAAACUUCCUCUCUGUCUCGUUUGCUUCCCAAGAUCCCCUGCAGUCCACGUUUGGUGCGUUCGACGAUUCCUGUCGGCGAGGCUGUCCAGAUCUCGUUGGAGGCCUCAAGUCUGCGAGACUCACCGCAGCGAGAGAAGAGCGAGCAGACCUCGAGGCAGCUUUCGAACUGACCUUGAAGUGGCUCCUCCGUCUCGUGCAGAUAAGCCGAAAAACUGUUCCUUCUUGCUUCUCUAAGAUGCUCGACCGCUUGCCCGACGCUGACGCCGGCUGCACAGGGGCCUGUCGGAGACAGGGGAAGCUCGCGACCGCUGCGGAGGCAAUGGUGCCCAAGAGCCGCAGCGUUGGCGGGUCCCCAAGUCGCGCGUCCGACGGCGCAGUCAGGCGGAAGCGGGCUCGCUUUAGUGGAGACCAGACGGGGCCUGGUGGCAGGGGCGACCCACACGAACCUGACCUGAAGGCGAGAGUCACUAACAGCGAGUCGGGGACGCAAAAGGGGGUGAAAGGCAGCGGAGGCCGGUGUAGCUGCUGUGGAGACUUGCUGUCGGAUGGGGCUGAUGCUGUCUCUGGCGGGGAUGGAGACAGCGAAGACGAGUCGGAAGAGGUACUGGAGGAUUCUGGAUAUGCGGAGUGCAGGGUAGACCGCGCCACGUUAGCAUGGACGAUAGAAGAGAGCUGCGCGCGAGCAGCGACAGCCUUGCUUCGGCACCGCCUAAAGACUCCGUUGUCAAGAGUUCUUCGGGAAGAGCUCCUCGUUCGUCUUGGCUUCUCCGCCUCAACGCAAGACGCCCUGGUUCGCCAUCCGCUCCGCGGCUUGUAUUCGGUUCCCCCGAUGUUCGCCUUCGCGUUUCCCGGCCUCUCGCCCCCCGCCCCUGGACGGACACUGCCGCUCGUGGGGAGGACGCCAGAGGCGAUCGCCGUCGCUAGUUGGGCUCCACCGCCGUUACAGCCGCUGGGGACCCAGGGCACGGGAGCGACCGGCGCGAGCGGGUGCGUUGGCAACAGCGGUCAGCCCCAGGCCGUGUUGGUAGGGCUCCAACAGCACCAGGCGCUGCAGUCGAUGGAAGAGCAGAUGGUUCGGACUCUCGAAGUUCAACAGAUGAUGGAGGGCGUCGCAGAAGAAAACGAAGGAACUGAUGGCGGCCCUCUCUCGCUGGUCGAAAUUCUUCUCCACACCAUUUGCUCGCUGAUCUUCGCGACCCGCGGAGAGAUGACCCCCGUCGAGAAAGGUCAGUGGAGCAGUCUCUUCUGUCCUGCGUCCCGCGGCUCUCGGUUCUCUCCUGGAUUUUCUCCUCGUUGCUGGGAACGCGAGGCAGCCUCCAGCUGUUUGUGGACCUCUGAAUUCGAGGCACAGGACACAAGCCCGCUGGGAGCGGAAGCCGACGAGCGUCACCAACUUCUCCUCGUUACUAUGCUCAAGGCGCUGCUCUUGCCUCUUGCUGCCCGUGUUUUCAGCGGCAAAGUUGGGUCCUUUGGAGGGUCGCUGUCCCCACUUGUCAACGAUUUCGUUUCCCCCUUUCACAGCUCCCUCUGUGACCUGCCCGAUGGCGAGUGCGAUCAGGAGACAGAAGAGACGCUUGCCAACGCCCCCGUGCGCUGUGGUCUCACGGUUCCGCCGCGCAUCCCGCUGCGGCGAUGGCCCUUCAUCUUCACCUUCCACAUCCUUGCCAGCUCGUGUCUGCCUCUCUGGGGUGCAUGCUUUGUCCGACGCAGCGCCUUUGCCUCUUGCUGUCCGUGUUGUCCCGCUCUUGAGAGCAAGGGGUCUCCGAUCGAAGGCGAGGGAUUGGCCUCCCCUGCCGCCUGUCUUGCCGCGGAUUUCCACCCCGGUCAAGGAGCGGAUAUCGGAACCGCCCCCCGUCCUCUCGCGGAGGCAAAAGCCACACCAGUACACCAUGAUUUAGCCCGUAGCUGGUGCGCGUGCUGUUACUGCUUUCCCCAGCCUCAUAGCCCGUGUAUUAAAGCAUUGACAGCAGGAAACAGCUCCCUUGCGUUCGUGCCCCCAGCCCCAAUCGCCGCAGCUGCUUCCGCGGUGGCCAGCGUCGCUGCUCAUCUUCCAGUGGGCCCAGCCUGUCGCUCAUCUUCUGCGAGAGCCGGUGAGGCUCCAGGCGAGCCUGAAGUUGAGGCACAGAUGCCGCCCUCAACAGUCGGUGUGGCGUCCUGUGGAAGUGAGGGAAACGUUUUUCUGGGUCGCGAAAAGAGUCGGCGAAGCGCGUCUUUCUCCGACAUCGGGGAUGUGUCUGGCACCCAGCUGCAGCCGGAGUCGCCUUGCGCCCCAGCGUCUCUAGCUGUCUUUGUUUCGGCACUGGUGGCUGCCGCCUUCAAGCCCCACCUCUUCACUCUUCUCGACACGAAUGCGAGUUACACGACGAACAUGUGGGAAGGGAGCACGGCACUCUCGUCGACUGUGGGGUUCGGGGGACCGGCGAGCAGUGGAAAAGGCGAGCGCGGAGACGGGGUCGGGGCGGCAGCGCCGCCGGCCACGAGUCGCGGGCCUGCGGCGAACGCAGCCGUUUCUGCGGUCUCUGAGCAAGCGAGCUCGUCUCCGGCACUGCAGCUUCCCUAUCUCCUGCAUUCGCCGCCGCUCUUCCUCCUGCACCCUUUCCAGGAGAUUCUUCUUGAGGGUCUCCCCCCUCGCUUCUCCUCGUUGCUCGUCGGUGUCCAGGCUCCCCAGCCGAGCAUCGUCCCGCCCAUCGCGCGGGUCGCCGCCGCUGUAGGUCAGGCUCUUCAGUUCACAGCCACGCAGCGCCCGGCAGGGGAGAUCGGGCGUCAGGUUCGGGGCCCUGGCGAUCUCGAGGGUCGCCCGGGGGCCUUGUUUUCUCUUUUGGAAGAGUUUCACAAGUGUUUUUUCGCCGUCGACUUUCUGCGCGUAGGGGGCCUCCUACAGCAGCAGCAACUUCUUCACCGCCACAGACAGCUCGACAGCCUAGUGGCCACGGGCCGAGGAGCCGUUGGAGGCGCAGGCUGGGGCGCCACUGCGGGUGAAGGAGACACCGGAUCUCCGCGAGCGACAGGGCUCCCCGAGACUGGAGGCAUCGCCGCGUUAGCGGCCGGCAUUGGGGCCGCAGCGGCAGCAGGGGAUGUGCUCGCGCUUCUCCGCUUGAUGGCGCCGGUGAAGCCUUCGGGAACAGGAACUGCCUCCUCACCCUCUGCAAAGGAGACAGUCACUGGCAAAGGCGCUAUCGGGGGGAAACGAGGAAUCGGAGCGGCUGCCGGCGCAUUCGGCACUGGGGCCACUGGCGAUCAGCCGAGGAAAGUGGGGGGCGGAAAAGGGAAGGGGAAACGAUGA